CGUAAUACUAUYACAAUUCAAUCCUACAUCAUGUCGCAUACAUCCCUGACGUACUGAAAGGGUCUUCGGUCUUCAGGAAUUGUCCCGGAACUGUGGCCUUCCGCAGAGCUUUAUGGUCUAUUUCCGGUAAACUUGGAACCGCAGCGGCAUCACCCUGGGUUUCGAUAGCUCCAGUGGUAUCGACACCGACCUUGGCAGCUGCUUCUGCCAUGGCUUUGUUGCCCUUUGACAUUCUUCUUGGUGCCAGAGAUAUCGGGAGGUUGCUGACCGUGUCCAAUCCAGCAUUKUUCGGCGACAAGUCUGGCAUGCAUUCGACCCCAUCAAAAUCGUAGUGGUUCACRGAUCGUUUCGAAUCCGGAGUCUUUGACCAUGCCGCCGCCUUUGCUAUGUCCCCCAAUUCGUCCUGACCCAUGCUAGGACUGAGCAUYGCACUCAUAUCCGAAAUAGUCUUCUUUCGGGUGCGGCGACCCCGUCCACCCUUACGGUUCGCCUUCUCAAUYUGAACCCGUUGUUCUGCCGCGGUUUUGUCCAAAUACUUUCGAAUGGCGUCGGACGUGACCUGGAGCUUGGUACCAUGCCUCAUGACCAAACCAGCUCCCAUUGCUUCCUUCAUUUGUUUCUUCAUCAAAGUAUCUCGAGCUCGAAUCGCUUGCUUUUCUUCGAASCGACGGGAUGCUUCUAGAACAUUUAUGCGCAUCUGGCGAUGAGCUCGAUACAAUUCACGGUUGACUGUAAGUGCACUCUUCUUCGCCAGUUCAUCCUGAAUUGCGUCGUCCCUUUCGGGAAGGUURAGCGCACGCCUCGUGUCCACACCGAGCAUAGCCUUCUCUGACUUUCCGGGUUGAUAGCUGGAUGAUGAUUCCAAAUCGUCCGAAUCGUCCAGUAGUGAAUCGUGUCGGCCAUAAUGAGUCGGCUCGGACUCCAAUGACUGAGAUCUCUUCCGGGUCAAUGUGGGUUUUAGAACAGUUUUUGGUAGGAGUGUUGGAGGGGCCARURCAGCUGGCAGGCCCUCUUUGAGAAGCGUGUUGGGCUUUGGGCUGGCGGCCUUCAAACUUUUUGGUGAUGGCCAAGCGGCAUUUCUGUUGGAUGAUAGACCCGAGGCCACAAAACUGCCGUCUCCAAUCGAGACAGAGCUCGUGGAGUCGUACAUGGAUUGAACUCCCAAGUUUGGCAGAGAAUGAUUGGUUUCGGCCAAAACAAGGAAGUGAGAAUUGUCUUUCUCUAUMUUGGGCUCUUCUGUGUCGAUUGGUUUCGUAUUGUUCGUAACAAGAGCGAGAUUCUGGUUGUUGGCCGGGGCAGAAGGCGUAGCAGAUGUUGUUGUGGUGAUAGAGGAAGUCAUACYUGUCGACAAAGCUAUAGAUAKAUCGUCCUCUGUCUCCGGGACCGACUCCAGCUGUUUCGGGCGYAGUUCCAUGUCAAUGUGGUGGUGGCGCACUGCCUUUUCUGUUUGUCCCUUCAUUAUGAGCAGAAAGUGAUCGUAUGUAAUGUGAUCUUGGUUGCCGCCCACGUUCGCCAUGCUUUCGGUCCACAUUUUUCGCAUUUCUUGUUCAGUCGCCAUGUCUUCGCUUCCCACAAGGUUAACGAUAUCUUUCAGGGUAAGGUAGCCCUUGUGGUCGCUGUCCAAACGAUCGAAGGCCAGCCGCAAAUUGCGAUCGUCCACACGGCACUGGGUAAGGCCAGCAGCGAUGAAUUCAUGCCAAUGGAUUGUGGUCUCUUCUUUAUUGACUCUCAUGGCAUUGAAAAUAUCCACGACCUCCUCUUCGGUAAGAGCACCGAGGGAUCCGGCUUCGGCAUUUGAUACCAAUACUUGUUUCAGGUUGUCCAGUGUGAUCUCUCCCGUCCCAUCGGUGUCCAUGAUUUCGAACUCUUUCCGCAAAUCCUUGAUUUGUUCUGGCAAGAGGGUAAAACUCAAAACUUCGGAGAGGAGCUUCCUCAUGACGGAAAAUUCCUUGAAGCCGACCAAGGCCUUGACGACGUUCGGAUUGAGAACGUUUUCCUGCCGGUUUCCGUCCGAGUCUCGCCCGGCCUGCAUCUUUAGCCAGGCAUGUUUUUGCGAUUCCCGGGCCGUGGGUCGCUUUUUGGGAUCCGUCACCAGCAGGUCUUUCACAAACGCCUUGCCCAGAUCGCUGACGAGAUCCCAUAUUUCGGCCGGCUCGAAUUCAAACUCUCCGUCCAAUAUGUUUUGCCGGACCACUAGCAAGGGUUCUGGRCCUCCGCAUCCACCAAAGGGUGGAUCGCCACUGAACAAGAGAAAGGCAAUCACGCCAAUCGCCCAUAUGUCACAACGCUCGUCGUAUCGRCCCCGAAUCACCUCCGGAGCCACGGUAUAUGGGGUCCCGACUGCUUCGUGRUGGACCUCGCCGUAUCGGAAAUGCUUGCUCAAUCCAAAGUCGAUCAUUUUGAGCUCCGAAUCGUGUGCCGUGCUCGAAAACAAAAAGUUCUCAAGCUUCAGGUCCCGGUGAAUGAUUCCUUUCGAGUGAAGAUACCGGACGGCACAGAGCAUCUGCUUGAUCAGUCGGGCACACUCGGCCUCUGUGUAGUGAUAGUCGGGUUGCUCGUCCAAACGAUCAAAGAGUUCCCCCCCGGUACAAAGUUCCUGCACGAGGUAAAUUUCCGAGUGGCUCUCAUAGACUUCUUCCAAUCGGACAAUGUUGGGGUGAUCGAGCUGGCACAUGAUGAAGAUUUCUUCUCGCAAUUGUUCCAGGCCCUCCUUGGUUUCCACCCAUUGCAGAUCGAGAGACUUGACGGCAUAUUCGACGCCCGUUUUCUUGUGUGUGACUUUCCGGACGAUUCCCGAAACGCCAGAGCCCAGGAUCGGCCCGUUGUGGACCCCGUCGUAAACCUCUUCGAUGGGCCUGCCGAAGGGAACCUCGAUGUGGACAACCUUUGACGUCAGGGACGUGAUGUUUUGGUCGUUGAGCAUAUUUYCGAGGUCAAUGGCCGAUCCGGUGUGUUUGUGUUUGUACAGCUUAUUCUUGGGUUUGGCGGUACWUCCUUGGUUCGUUCCACCGCUCGAAACUGUACCGGUGGUCUCUGAGCUCUUUGUCUCUCCUUCGUCCUUGCUGCCGUCUCCCGACCAGCUGAGGUUUCCGGAACUCGUAUUUGGCGUGGAAGCCCCCGAAGCGUAGCUCAAGAAACGCCCCCGAUUGUCGCCGUCAGAACUUCCGCCGYCCUGCAUGGGAACGACGUCGUUUAGCUUYACCAUUUUCAGAGACUUGGUAAUGUCGUCGCCGUUCACGCCAACUGAUAUCGUAUUGUUCUUGAUUGCAUUAUUUGCAUUUGGGUUUUCAUUCACCUUCGUGCUCGAUGACUUUGGAGCGGAGACAGGCGAAGUAACGGGACCAGCUUCUGCUUUCGCUUUAGUCGUGUGUGGGGAAGAAGACACUACCUGUGGUGGCGCAAAAGAUGACACCGCACCAGCUUCCUUGCUCUGACCGCAUCCCAUGGUGGUACAAUCAAAUUAAAUUAAGUUU